AUGAUUUGCUAUAUUACUGACCUUGGUUUAUGUCGACCAGCCAGCGAAAAACAUAAUGAUAAAAUUUAUGGAGUUCUUCCUUAUAUAGCACCCGAAGUAUUAAAAAACCAACCUUAUACCCAAGCCAGUGAUAUUUAUUCUUUGGGCAUAAUCGCUUAUGAAUUAUUAGUUAAUACUUAUCCUUAUCCUGAAAUGAAUGACAUGGUUUUAGCAUUAAAAGUUCAUCAAGAUGCUGAUCCCGAAAAGAGACUAACUGCUGGAGAGGUGCAUGAAACUUUUUACAGUUGGUUAUAUGAAGUUAUUGAAAACAAAGAAAAUUCUCCAUUCUACCAACAAUAUCUAGAAAUAGAAAAAGAAUACAGUCAUUUCUCCCAAAAUACCCCUUAUCAAAUCCAUCCAACCGCUACUCUAACUAGCAAACCUAUAAAUACUAAACCAACUAAUAAAUUAUUGCAAAAGAUCGAAGAAAACAAUAUUUCUCAAUCAGUAGACUUAGAUAUUGAUAAAUUGGAUGACUAUUUAAAAAAACUAAAAUCUGAAGAACAACAAUCCUCUGGGAAGUUAGCCAACUUUUCUCUUACUGAUUUUGGUUCUUCGCUUAAAAAGGCUCGGCUUUCGUUCGGGAAUGUUAAUUUAGGGAUUUAUAAACAAGGUUCUCGCCGCAAACCAGCUCCGCUGUUUCAUGACCCUGUCAAAGAAAAAGAGAUUUAUCAACUAGUGGCGGACUUGAAAUUUAAAAGCCAUUAUUAUGCUUCUUUAAGAAACUUCAAAAAUGGGAUAAUUAUGAACUUCACGGCCGAGGAUUUUGCUCGCGGAAUUAAAAAUGUUGCAGAAACUCGCCAAAACUUAAAAAUAACGGCUAAUGCAAGGGAUAAAAGGGAUUUUAAUAUGUUCGCAGUGGAAAAAGGAGCCAAAACUUCCAAUUUGCAUCUAGAACCAAUUCAAGGAACCAAAGACCAUUGCAGUAUUAGAACCGGCGGACAAUGA